ACAGGCUGGGGGCGGAAGGAGGAGCCAGGCGAAGCGGCGCCUCCGCUGAGAGGCCCGGCGGACCCUGCAGAGGUCCCCUGCCCCUCUGGCUCCGCCCCCACCCGGGGCUGUAGAAAUACAGCCGCAGCCCAGACCACCGCCCUCUGCGCUCCGACCCAGACCCAGCUGACCCACCUACCCGCGAUCCUGCCCAUGGCUGACGGACUCUUUCAGCGCAGACCCUGGGGUCCCGAGCAGAUUCGCCCGGACCCCGAGUCCGAAGGCCUGUUUGACAAGCCUCCCCCGGAAGACCCUCCCGCUGCCCGCGCGCCCAGGUCCGCGUCGGCCGCGGGCAAGAAGGCUGGUCGGCGCGCGGGCGGGAGGGCGCAGGGGGGCCGCGCCGGGCAGCCCCCGAAGGCCGAAUCGCGCCCCCAGCCCAAGGAGGAGGCGCCUCCACUGGUCGAGGGCUGCUAUCUCGACCCUUUUCCACACCUCUCCAUCUUCAUCUACGCAGCCAUCGCCUUCUCCAUCACCUCCUGCAUCUUUACCUAUAUCCAUUUACAGCUUGCCUGAGUGGCCAGCGCGGGACGGGGUGGGCGCAGGACCGAGCGGGGAGGGAAAGGGAAAACAGGGCUCGGCAUUUUGUGUUUUGGAACACACCCCUUUCAUGUAGCUUUCGAUGCUUGUUUCUUUCCUUCUUUGUUGUCACUAUCUUUGUCUAUCAGUAGGAAAGUACAAAGUAGCUGCCGGCAAUGAAACAAGGGUGCCGUUUGCACCUGCAAGUUAGGGGUGGGGGCGUUUAGAAUUCUGGGGUGUGAUUGAACCCCGUUUAUAAUUAGGAGAAUGUCGCUGGACCCCUACCACUCUGUGACGCAGGGGCACGCGCAGGGAGCCCAUCAUUUUGUGUUUGGGGAGCUCAGAGUGCGCCCAACCUUGGAUUCUUUAAGGGAUGAGCCAGAUCCAGACCCGCGGCCUUCUAGAGAGGAUCCCGCGGGGAGGGUCGGCGCCCUGGCCCGGGCUGGGCCGGAGCCCUGUGAUGCUGCAUCGCCCCCAGGAGGAGCCAGCUGUGCCCCGGAGUUGGCACGGCCGAGAGAGGACAAGACUGCGCAGCAGGCGUAGCUGGAGGGCGGGACUCGACUUUGUUGUCGCUGCGUGGAGGAGCCGGAGGAACUGUCUUACCAAAAGACCACGCUCUGGAAGUGUCCGGGACUCGCGGGACCUGUGGCUGCAAACCCCACUGGGACGUAGGCCCAGAGCUGGUGCACUCCUCAGGAUGAGACUCUGGAACCCUAGCCGGGGUCCACGGGAGGGCUGUCCUUGGGGACUCUAGGAUGGCUUCGUCCUGGCCCGGAGCCUUUCUGGAGCUGUGGCACCCAAGACAAAAGGGGCUGAGGGAUUUGUCAUUGACAAGAGUUAGUGCGGGAAAACCACGUGACCCCUAGGGGUUUGUCAUCUUAGACUCAAAAGGCUUAAUACCAGAAACCACCUUGGCAAGAUAUUUACCCACCGGCCGUCUCUGUUUACUCAUGAAUGUUAAAUGUCAAAACGCAACGCUCUAACCCUGCAUAGUCUUUACUUGCAAAUGUCUGGAAUCUGUAAUUGUGAUAUCUCUGAUGGAAUAAAUUAUCUCUUUUUCAGUCUCCUCUA